AUGGAAGGGCAGCCAGCAACUGACAUCAAUGUCGUCAAGAUGUCGUUUCAGCGAAUCCAGAGAGGUAUUUCAAGCAAGGGGAUCACAAGAAAACAGCGAGUCUACGGUUUAAGAGCUGCGAAUAGCGGCAGUGUAUCAGCGGGUUCGGGCAGAUCCAAGGUGAACCAUCGACGAGUUCACAGAAGAGUUGCAGUAAACGCGGUUAUUAAGCGACAACAUUGUAAGCUUCCGAGUUUCGAACAGUUAACGGCUAAGUUAGCCGGGGCACGACUAUUUUCAAAACUUGACGCUAAAAAAAGGUUUUAUCAAAUUAAAUUAGAUGAGGAAAGUUCACUGAUGACAACUUUAAUUUCUCCAUUCGGCCGAUACAGAUUUCUGAAACUAUCGUUUGGCAUAGCAUGGGCACUAGAAAUAUUUCAUACUACGUUUCGGAAUUUAUCUGAGACGGUUGAAGGAGUAAGAGUUUACAUAGAUGAUAUACUCGUGGCUGGGCGAACUCAGGAAGAGCAUGGCAGUAAAUUAAAGCGGGUGUUACAAUUUGCCAAAGAAAAUGGGGUAAAGUUUAUCGAGAAUCAAUGUAAAAUAGAAUCAAAUGAAGUUAACUAUGUCGGCCAUGUAUUAUGUGAAAAAGCUGUUAGAAUUGACGAGAACCAAAUCGAAGCAAUCAAAAGCAUUUCAGGCCCGAAACAUGCUGAGGAUUUUAAGUGA